AUAAGCCUAUUUAGUGCGUUUCCAGUCCAGUGCCACCACGUUGGGUGUGAGUUGACAGCUGUGUAUAUCAGAGGCCACAUCAUCGCUCACUCUCCUCUGGUGCUUCUCAUACUCAGACGGAGAUAAUAGGCUAUUAGAGGCAUGGGAUUAAUUUGUAGCCAAUUACCACUCACAGUGGAAUAUUAAUGCAUAAAUAAGCCACGGCUUUAAGUUUUGGAGAUGGUCAGAGCUGUGUAGAGGGGAGGGUAUCCAGCUGGGCGCGCGCGAGCGUGUGUGUAUGUGACAUAAACGACGGGGUGUCCCAAGGAGACGGUUCAAACCCAAAAAAGGACCUGAGCAGGGGGACAUCAGCAUCACCAUCUAAAGACCGGCUGGAUCAACUCCUGACCAAAAUCAUCUUAAGUAGCAGUCUGAACUUAUUUGUAUAUGUAUUUUCACCAGCAUGUGUACUGUUGAAUAAAGAACGGCAAAAGAGAACAGAAGUCAGACGGCUGUGCUGCCCUCUGGAGAGCUAUGAACCGGGAUAAAGUGCAGGUUGGCGACUCCAUCGUACCUGCCGCUGCCGGCGUGAUCGUGGUCGCUCCGCAGGACGGCAUGGACGACAAGCGCCUCGCUGCCGGAGAACUGCCCGUGUUUAACUGCGCCGGAGGGAGAGAUGCUUUACCGGCGGAGAGCCAAGAAACCUCACCGAGACACGAGCCUUCACCCGCGGGCGCGCCUCCUACCGUACACCGGACAACCUCGUUCUCGGUUCUGGACAUUUUGGACCCCAAUAAAUUUACUAGUAAGAGGCAAACACCUAAUAGGACAGGUUGUGAUUUCACGUUUGGUACAGAAAACAGAAGCGAUGACUCAAAUCAUACGAUCGAGCACAAGUCUUAUCAAGAGGACUACGACUGUAAAAAAACAUCAGAAGACGGAUUUGUGUUCCGGUCAGAUGAAUGUGAGGCUGAUUUUACCCGAGGGAAUCAGUCGGACAUCGAGCUGCAGGAGGAUCUGUGCAGCGAGGAGAGCAGCGCCCUGCUAGGAAACAACGACGCCGAGUUUGGGCAGCACGAGGACGACGACUCACUAAACAAAAGUCCAGAAGGACAGCAGACUCAACAGUCCUCAUCAAACGGACAGAGUCACCCGGUGAAGCCCAAGCGUAAGCGCUCCGGCUCGGACUCGAAGUCUGGAAAACCCAGAAGGGCCCGGACUGCGUUCACGUACGAGCAGUUGGUGGCUCUGGAGAACAAAUUUAAGUCGACGCGAUACCUGUCCGUGUGCGAACGCCUCAACCUGGCGCUGUCUUUGAGCUUGACGGAGACUCAGGUGAAAAUAUGGUUUCAGAACCGUCGGACAAAGUGGAAGAAACAGAACCCAGGCGCGGACACGAGCGCACCGACAAGCGGGAGCGGAGGUGGACCGAGCAACGGACUGAGCGGCCUGAGUCCUCUGAGCCCGUCUCCUCCUAUGAACGGUCAUCUGUCCAUGCACACCAGCUAUCCGGGUCACACGCCAGGAGGACUCGUAUGCACCACUCAGUUACCCUUUCUGCCGGGUCACGCGGUACUGUCACCCUUCAUGCUCGGCUCUCAGACUUAUGGAGCUCCCACAUUUUACGCACCACACUUAUAAGAAGAAAUCUUUAGGAGGUGCCCUGCAUCGGAAGAAACAAAACGUCCGGUCAACUCUGCACAGGAACAUUUUUAACAUGAAGCACUAUGCUGUCACACACUUGCAAAGACAUUUGAUAGGUCUUAAAAACCGAGAUAUAGCAACCAUUCUGCACUGUGGCAAACCCAGAAUUAGAAAUAAUUUUCGGCAUUACAUGCUAAUAAUUAAAUCUAAUUUAAAUUUGCUUCGUUUUGAUCAACUGUGAAUAUUUCUGAAGGUCAAACUGUAUAUAUUUAGUUAUGAAAUGUGUUUAGACAUUAACUUUGAU